CGCUAGUCGGCGUAGUCGGCUGCUGCUGCUGCUCUAUGGUUCAAGUAGCGGGCCUGGCGCGACCCGUUUCUUUUCCUUUUUUUUUAAGUCAAUGACCAGCGAACAGGGAAAAUUACGCGCCAUCAAUGCUGGUGAUGAGCUGGGUUUAUAUCAAGACAGCGACGAGCAAAACCUGCCUGACGUAACGUUUUCAGUCGGGACAUCGAGCAACGCAUCGCGUACGCGAGAGAGUCAGCCUCUUCUUCGUCGAAUGGAGCCUGAUCUGGGGACCACGGCAGAGACCUUCCCGGACGACCCGCAGUUCGCUAACGUCGUCCGGGAGGCCAUCACAGCCAUUGAGACGGGCAUUUAUCCAGAGCGAAUUUACCAGGGAUCAAGCGGAAGCUACUUUGUCAAGAACUGUGAACGAACGAAAAUCGCCGUGUACAAACCAAAGGAUGAAGAACCGUACGGCAGGCUGAAUCCCAAGUGGACGAAAUGGAUGCACAAGCUGUGUUGCCCGUGCUGCUUUGGAAGGAGUUGUCUGGUGCCCAAUCAAGGCUACUUGUCCGAGGCAGGAGCGUCGCUAGUAGAUCAAAAAUUGCAACUGAACAUUGUACCUAAGACAAAGGUGGUCAAGUUGGUUAGUGAAACGUUCAAUUACUCGGCUCUGGACCGUACCAAGGCUCGAACCAAAAAGAACGUCACAGAACGGUUCCCGAAAGUUGGUCGACAUUUUCAUCGCAUUGGUUUGCCUCCCAAGGUGGGAUCUUUCCAACUGUAUGUGGAAGGCUACCAAGAUGCUGACUACUGGCUGCGGAAGUUUGAAUCGGAACCGCUACCCCCUGACCUCCAGCGCAUUUUCCAGUUCCAGUUCGAGCGGCUAGUGGUGCUGGAUUACAUUAUUCGUAAUACAGAUCGGGGAAAUGACAACUGGCUUAUCAAGUGCACCCGGCCAGACAAAGAGCCUCAGAGCUGGAGCCCGCGGACACCAGAGAUCAAGAUUGCUGCCAUUGACAAUGGACUGGCCUUCCCAUUCAAGCAUCCAGACUCGUGGAGAGCAUAUCCUUACCACUGGGCGUGGCUGCCAAUGGCCAAGGUGCCUUUUUCUUCAGAGACACGUGAUCUAGUUCUACCACAGCUCUCGGACAUGAACUUUGUGCAAGAGAUGUGCGACGAACUCCAUGCUUUAUUUAAGAAGGACCCUGGUUUUGACAAGAACCUUUUCGAGAAGCAGAUGUCAGUCAUGCGCGGUCAGAUUUUGAAUUUGAACCAGGCGUUAAAGGAUGGCAAGUCUCCAGUACAGUUGGUCCAAAUGCCCGCUGUCAUUGUGGAGCGGAGCAGCCGACGACCAGGUGCUCGUGGUCGUAUCAAGUCGCUGAAUGACAACUUCAUCCAGAGCUUCCAAAACAAGGCCCCUUUCUUCUCUUGGUGCUGACACCCUAGCCAGGGGCUGCUAAAAGCACAUUUGGUUUAUCCUUCUCCUCCUGGUGGCUUUUUGUAUUUUUUUUUCUUUGGUGUAAUUUUUAACAGAGAAUAAAAAACAACAUUGGAGCCAUUGAUGGGGGUGCAGCAGCUCAGUGUGUGCACUUUGUGGGUGCUCAACCCCCAGUGUCGUUUUCUGUGACAGUUGCUGCUUAUUGCUAGUCACUUGCGAACAAGAGUCCAGUAGUGCAUGCCUCUGAACGCUAAAUUUAUUUUUUACUGCAAUUCGAAGCUGCCAGGAACGUAUUUGAAAAUGAGGUCUCCAACAAUAAUGUCUCAAACAUGUGAAUAAAUAUAGAAAGCUUGUGGCAUAAGCAAGCAGUGGGUAUGAACAGUGACUUUUCAAACUUUAAGGCAAUUUUAGUACUUCAGUUCACUGCUACUGUGUGUGCUGAGAUUUCUCUAAGGGGUCAAGGUAUGGUGAAACAUGCAAUGCAAGUUGUGCGAUGCCUGCUGUUUCAGUGAUAUCUUCCACAUUACUUCUGGAGAUAUUUUGGUGACCCAGCAGUAGUCAUUGGUGAAUGCUCAAUUAUAUUCAUUAAUUAUUGUUUCAGUUACAGUAGGGCACAUCUUGUUGUUGCAGAAUUGAAGCUAGUCGGCAUUAAGACGUGUCCAUUUAGGAGUUAAUGGAAUGCCUUUGUAGUUCAUCACUCGUAUAAGAUGCAGAUAUUUAAAAGCUAGACUGGUAGAUGCAAAUACGGCCUGGUUUGAGUUGCGUUUUUGCAACAUGAGCCCUAAGGUAAGUGAAUUAGUGAAGUACGUCAUCGUCUCCACUGUACUUUAUUGAAGAAACAACCUUAAUUAGAAUGGCUUGUAUAUUGAGAAAGUAAGAUUCCAGGUCUAUUUACCACUUGUAUGAUCCUGAAUGCUUCAAUGCCAUAACCAUGCUGUUGAUGUUUCCUUUUUAGCUAUUUGGUGUAUAUGCAUUUGAUAUUUGCUAUAAGUUAUAGCCUCACACAGAAAUUGUUAUACUGUUCCAUUACUCUAGAAUAUUUAGUGCCUCUUACUGCCUUGUUUUCUUUCCAUUUUCACAUUGCAUUUUUUGGUCCACAUUAUGCAGUAAAACGUGGCAUCAUUGACUGGAUUGUCUUGACUUUAAAUUGCUGAUAUGCAGCGUAACCAGCCCACAUUUGCAACAGCUUAUUUUGGAGAUGGCAAGGUGCACAAAUAACCCCUUUUUAAUUUUUCUGAAAAAAGGUAAGCAAAGAUGCCAAGUGCCUUAUUGAAUUCUGUGUACCAAAAAAUGCAAACCUCUUGCGAUAUGAGUGAAUACAUAACAGCUGCAAGCGUCAUAAAGUUGUUCUAAUGAAGGUGCUGGUCACUGUAUGCCAUCUGCGUAAGUUUCCAUUCAUUUUACAUGGCAUGUAUGUGCAUAACAUACUGCACUAGAGCAUGAAUAGUAGCUUUCUCAACAUGUGAGUGAUGUCCUGUCAGAGCACACUGCUUUGUGAAGCCAAAGAUCAUAUUUAAAUGUGGUAGCUAUUUUCGGGUGUGUGAGCUGCUGCAUCCUCUGGGGCUGGGCUCAAUGCACAACUGUGUGUGUCAUGUGCAUUCCAAUGUAGCCGCAGCCUGUAUGUUGACAUAGCUUGCCUUCAUUAGUACAACCUAUUGCCAACAGUGGCGACAUUUAUGCAUCAUUGAGGGCAGUUGUAAUGUGAUAGAAACUGUCGAAAGAGUGCAGUUUGUGCUACAUCAACACCUUGAGAAAUGAUGCGAGUGGUGAAAACUGUUGAAGAGCGCUGUGGUAGGUUUUAAUGUGUAUGUUUCCUAUUUGCUGAAUAACUCUGUUUUGGGGUGUGUUCUCGGGAAGGUGAAGCAGUGAGACAAAGGGGACUGGUGGCACUUCUCGGAAUUAUUGUAAUCCUUCAGUUGCCAGUAUGAUGUAUGUGCUGAAGCUAACUUGCAAUUUGUUUUAUUGCCAAUUGUGGGGAGUGUGUUUCGGUGAAUAUUUGGAAGGGAACUACAGACAGCAGGUAUUUAAGAAGUGUGCAUUUUUUGGAAAUGAACACAUUGUUUUUAUUUUGCUAAAUAAAUAUAAUGUUUGUU